UGGAACAUCAGAAGAAACCAUGAUUGAUCCACUCACUGCCUUUGUCUUCCUGAGCACCUUGUGUCAAAGUGCAGAGGACCAAAUACCUGUGACAGUGGUCCAACCUGGAGACACUGUCACAUUUACAUGUUAUUCUGAAUAUAAACUUGUAACGUGGUACAAACAAACUCCUGGACAUAUGAUGCAUCUUAUUGCUUCUGCAUAUCGUAAAGAUGUUACAGAAAAUGAAUCAUUCAAGAAUCAACGUUUUAAUUUCACCACAGAGAAUACAAAAUAUGUUUUUACAAUACGAAAUAUCAGAAAAGAGGAUGAAGCAAUCUACCACUGCAUGAUGAGUGCUCCCUAUGGACAGAACUUUAUGAACGGCACUUUCUUGGUUGUUAACAGUAAAGCAGAUUCACAGAGCUGUGUUCAUGUGACACAGAGUCCAUCCUCAGCUUCAGUGGUCCCAGGAGGCUCAGUGUCUCUUCAGUGCUCACUUCAGCCCAAAAACAACAAGAACCAAAUCCAGUGUCCACAACAGCAGCAGGUGCACUGGUUCAGAGCUGGAUCUGUGGAGCCUCACACUGGACUCAUGUCCCACUUUACAAACUACAGCUGUGUCUACAGUCUGUCUAAAACUAUAGGACACUCCUCUGAGGCUGGGACAUACUACUGCGCUGUGCACACAUGUGGACAUAUCCUGUUUGGGACAGGAACCACACUGGACAUAGAUGUAUGCUUUGGGUCACUAUCGUGCCGAAAGAUGAAGUUCCUCUUCAUCUUCAGCUUUCUAACAGAAGGUCGAAGGUUUUGUGCCAACACUGACUGGUAUUUGGAACUGUUCAUAAUUCCCUCCACCCUGACUAAGGUCCCAGUUCAAGAAAAACAUCCCCAAAGCAUGAUGCUGCCAACAUCAUGCUUCACUGUAGGUAUGGUGUUAUUUUGGUGA